AUGUACACACCCUCCAAGAAGCGCGCGUAUUCCAUAGAUUCCCCAAAAAGAAGUCCGCAUUUGCGCUACUAUGUCCAGCUCAUGGGGCUGGAGCUGUUCGAGUACCGCAUCAUCACCAGAGAUGGUUUUGUGAUCACACUCCAACGAAUAGUCGAUCCCAACGUGCCGCCCAGCGGACCGCCCGUUCUGCUGCUUCAUGGACUGCUCCAGUCGUCCGCCUCGUUUGUGACGAGCGGCUACAAAAGCCUGAGCUAUCUGCUGAUCAGAAACGGCUACGACGUGUGGCUCGGCAACAAUCGAUGCGGAUUCCAUCCCCAGCACACGUCUCUCAACCCGAACGACCCCAAGAUGUGGGACUGGGACCUCACCGAAAUGACGCGCUACGACGUUCCCUGUAUGAUAGAUGAGAUUUUACACUCCACGGGCAAGUCGAAAGUCACGCUGAUCGGCCACUCCCAGGGAACUGCCCAGAUAGUCAUGCUGCUGUCGAGCGAGUUCGAGAUGGGCUACGAGGACAAGAUUUCAAAAUGCGUGCUCUUGGCGCCCGCGAUUUUUGGUGGUUCGCUGUUGAACUCCAAGGGGUUUAUCCGUUUUAUCAAAUUGCUGCCCAACUGGCUCUACGACUCGUUUUUCGGAAUCAACUCGUUCAUGCCGAUCAUGAUGGCUCUCCGCAGAAUCAUUGUCACCACGCCGAUGUUCGGGUUUCUGAGUUACGCAAUGUUCAGCUUCCUGUUCGAUUGGAACGACUAUCUCUGGGACAGAAGCCUGAGGCCCUACCAUUUUAUCUUUUCUCCAGUGUACAUUUCAGCGAAACUGAUGAAAUGGUGGCUCAGUAAGUACCACGGACAGGGUUUCCAGAUGGGUGAGUCGAUUCUGAAAAAAGAUCGGGAGUGGUUCUCAAGGAAGACGCCGCCCCUGUUCCUGGUGAUUGGAGAUCAAGAUAGACUGGUGGACGGCAAUCUUUUUGUUCGACAUCUGGAGCUCAAUGAGCCCGAAAUGCGCGGCCGAUUCAACUACACCAAAGUCAAACACUACAGCCAUCUAGACGUCCUCUGGUCGGACGAUCUCAUAGAGGUGUUAAGAGAGCCUCUUCUGAAUUUCCUGGCCACUAUGUAA